CCGCUGUUGCAGCACGUAUUGAAUUUCCAUCUUACUGUGUUUAUUCCUAUAUUCUCUCUUCUUUUUUGUUACCCCAUCAUCGGAACCCAACACCGCAAACCCGCGGAAAACAGGCAACUUACGUCGACUGAAUCGACACAAAUCGACCACAGCAAGACCUUUCGGCAUAGUCACCGGUCCACGUACUACGAUCCCCGUAUAUAUAGAUAUCUUUCUCUUGGCGACGUAUAAUAUUCAGCAAAUCUCGUUCCAGAAUGGCGCUAGAACAUCAUCAAGAUGCACAAGAACCACAAGACCAAAGUCCAUGGCGCCGGCGCAUGUCCCACCCUCUUCCUAUCCCCACUUUCCGCCCCAACAUCCCCAACAUUCCUCACCUCCGCGCUGCACUUCUCGGAUAUCUUGGUGAACUUGAGACUGCUCUCCGCCGUAAACUAGGAGACGAUCUUUCCGAAGUUGGAGGGGUCUUACAUGGUGGUGGCAACGGUAGCGGAAGGGGGAGGUUGCCAUCGGUCUCAUUGUCAUCUUCUAUGUCAACGGAGGACUGGACUACGUCGACUGAGAGUAAUGAUGAAGAUUCUUACCAUGGGUAUUCGUCCGCCCUUGCUGGAUCUUCUUCGAUUUCCGAGGUUCGACAGCGUAACAUUGCCACUAACGCCGAUAGCAAUGGUAGCCCCAGUGCCAAUACCAACGCCAAGGACGAUACCACUACAGAUCCCUCAUCUACAAAAGACAGCUACAUCAACCUCCUCAACCACCUUUCCGCUCUUCGCGAAGAAGCUUCCAAUUACCUUCCUUCCUUAUCUGUGCACAUGCCUCUCUCUAUACCUAACCGGCAAUGGCUUCGCUCCCUCCCUUCACGACUCUCCAUCGUCGACCCUGGACUGCUUUCUCCUCUCGAUAAGGCGAAAAUCAAGGACGAGCUUGCAGCCGUGAUAGAUUUUGAGAGUGGGGCAGUGGAAGGGGCGAGGAAGAGGGUGGUGGACAUGGUUCAUGCGAUGCUGCCUUCAGAGGAUUGGGCGGGGUGGGAGAGGUUGGGAUGGGAGGAGCAAGAGUACGGGGAUGGGUGGAGACCAGGGGAAUAUGGACACAGGCGGACGCGAUCAGCAUCCCUUGGUCGAUCCGGCAAAGGGAAACACAAUCAAGACAAUGAUAGCGACUAUCCGAUGAUGGAAGAUGAAGAACCAGAAUACCUUUUCCCCAACCGUACCCCCGCCUCAACCCGCGCACUCGCAAGAAGAAGAGCGGUCAGGUCGAAAUCAGUAGGGGCGGCGUCGUUACCAUUAGUAAAGAGGGCAAGGAUGGAGAGGUCGCAGAGCUAUGCGUUUGGGUCGUUGGUCAGUUUUAGUCCGGGAAAGACUGUUUCAGAGCCAGUUGAGAUGGGAAGUGCGGGUGGGAGUGAUCGUGAGGAUGGGGACGAAGCCAGGGAUGAAGAUGGUGAUGAGGUGGACGAAGUGAUGAACGAAGAGGGGAAGGACGAGGGAGAGUUUAUCAGUAUAUCGUACUUGACCGUAGACUUAAAAUCAAGUCUGAUUGCUGUGGAAACGACGACAGACCCGUCUGUCGCUGAUGGGCUCAGAAGUUCAGAGGAUGGGGGAAAACUGAUAACGUACAACGAGUUGCCUGCGAUAUGGAGAAAUAAUGAACAUAUUCGUACUGGCUACCGAUUCAUACCUCUACACCUCAAGACGGGGCCUGUGCCGCUUAUCAAAUCUGCUUUUGCAAUACAUAACGAAACCGUGAAUAUACAUUCGCAUUUGAUUCCAACGCUUUUCAUUUUCGCUUGUAUACCCUUUAUAAUAUAUAAUACCCCCCUCCCCGACGCCCACCCACUCGACACAGCAGUAGUGAUCGCCUACCUUGUCGCUGCUAUUUCCUGCCUGAGUUCUUCAGCUGGGUGGCAUGUGUUGAGCGGGUGUGCGAGUCGAAAGUGGUUUGAGUGGGGAGCUUGUGUGGAUUAUAUUGGUAUAUCAUGGCUCAUAGCAGCAUCCUUCGGCACCGUCGUUUACAACGGUUUCUACUGCCAACCGAAAUUGACAUUGUUUUACUGUACGACUAACAUGCUAUGCGGAGCCUUGGGGUCAUAUCUGCCUUUUCAGCGAUGGUUCAAUGAGAGGCGGAAUAAACAUCUGAGAAUAUCAUUCUUUCUUUUCCUGUGUUUUGCGAUGUUUGCGCCGAUGGUACACAUGUUUGGGCAAUAUGGAUGGCAUAAAGCGUCGGCCUUUGUUGCCCCAUUCAUGGUAUCCAUCGUAGCGUAUGUUGUUGGUCUUUUGUUCUACGCGUUUCAUUUCCCGGAAUGCAAAUGGCCUGGAAAGUUUGAUAUAUGGGGAUCUAGUCAUCAGCUCUGGCAUCUGGGUAUCGUCGUCGCCAUCGUCCUCCAUUAUCGAGCUAUCUUUGUAGCGCAUGGUGUGAAGCAUGAGUAUUCUUGUGCGGCGCCAGGUCAGGAUAUUUCGGUGGCGAUGGUUUUGGAGAGGAUGAUUGGGUGGCGAUAAUGCAGAGAUAGAAGCGGGAGAUAAGAGCUGAGAGAGAUGAAAUGGUCGGGGCCAGGUCGGGGAAGGGUCGUGCGAGUGGAUUGAAUGGCACUGGAUGGUCAUGCGUUUCGACUGGAUGAAAGCGAUGGCGAAAUCAUGAGUGUACUUGGAUAUCUGGUAAAAAUGCAUCUAUUAUUAUAAAUCCCGGGACGGCUGAGGUUGAUCAAGCUCACGAUAUAUCUAUUUAAUUAGGCAUUAUGCGAUCUGGAAGGCUAGAGUACCGUUUAUUUACAGGUGUGUUGAUG